UUUUUUUUUUUUUUUUUUUUUUUUUGCGGCCGCCGUGUCGUGGGCCCUUCCUGCCCGCGGCCGCGCCGGUACCGGGACUCGAACCCCAGGCCGCCGGCUCAGCGACGCCCCGCCGCCCUGCUCCGCCAGCGGCGGAGGUUUGUCCGCCGCGGGCCGCCGUCUGCCGGCGGUGCGCUGCCGUGCGGGUCCGGGCGGGUACAGCGGCCGCGGGAGCAGGAGGAGCCGGCCGCGCGUGUCGCCCGCUCGCCCCCGUCACCCGCCCCGCCAUGAGCGAGAAGGGCGAGCUGGACCUCACCGGGGCCAAGCAGAACACGGGCAUGUGGCUGGUGAAGGUCCCCAAGUACUUGUCACAACAGUGGAAUAAAGCUUCAGGAAGAGGCGAAGUGGGAAAACUAAGGAUUGCCAAAAAUCAAGGAAGAACAGAAGUGUCAUUUACUUUGAAUGAAGAGCUUGCAAGCAUCAAUGAUAUUGGAGGAAAACCUGCUUCAGUCAGUGCACCAAGGGAACAUCCAUUUCUUUUGCAAAGUGUGGGAGGACAGACCUUAACAGUUUUCACAGAAAGUUCAGUAGAAAGCCAACCAGAAGAAAAACCAGAAAGCAGCAGUGCUGAUAAGCUUUCCUUGGAAGGAAUAGUGGUGCAACGUGCUGAAUGCAGACCUGCAGCUAGUGAAAAUUAUAUGAAACUGAAAAGAUUACAGAUAGAAGAAUCUUCUAAACCUGUAAGGCUAUCACAGCAGCUGGACAAAGCCGUAACCACGAACUACAAACCGGUGGCUAAUCAUCAAUAUAAUAUUGAAUAUGAGAAGAAGAAGAAAGAAGAUGGAAAACGGGCUCGAGCUGAUAAACAACAGGUGUUGGACAUGCUUUUUUCAGCCUUUGAGAAACAUCAGUAUUACAACAUUAAAGACCUGGUGGACAUAACCAAGCAGCCGGUGAUAUACCUGAAAGAAAUUUUAAGAGAAAUAGGCAUCUACAACGUGAAGGGGACCCACAAAAACACAUGGGAGCUGAAGCCAGAAUACAGACAUUACCAAGGAGAAGACAAGAGUGAUUAACCGAGGUGUUUACCAAGCGAGAGAGAAUUAGAGUGAUUGCACUGAGGGAGCCGUGGUGGGUUUACAGAUAGGACUGAGCACAGCGCAAUUCUGCAAGGCUAGAGAUAAAUUAAAGCAGCUGAUACUUUGUAAUUUUCUGUAGCUUCAUUUUUUUUUUUUUCCAAGGAAUAUCUCUUGUAUGUUUCUAUAAGCGUUUUGUCUUUUGACAGGAAAAAAAAAUAUUUAUAGAAUAAACUUGUAUUAGAUUCAUCUUUAUUAGAAAUCUUUUGAGUUCUGACCUUACUUAUGCUUGGUAGCUUUGUGGCUUUUCCAAGCCUCGAUGACUUUGAAGGAAAAUGUGUCCUAGAGGAACGUGUAACUUUGUGGUUUUGCAUUCCAAUGGAACCAGGUUAAUACCCGUGCUCCUGCUGGGAUCUGUCAGGGCUUCGUCUGGAAGGCUGCAGAGGUACACAACCCUUCCUGCAGUGUUUGGGUGGAAUGGACAUGGUGCUUCUUUUGGGAUCAGGCUUUAGGAAUAACAGCCACAACCACGGUGCUCAUGACAGUCCUUAGAAUCCAUGGGAACAAAUCAACCCAGUUAAAAACCCAUCAAGCAAAGGCUGUUUGAUAUACAGCUCCGUGGGAAGACAAAAAUCCCCUCCAGGUGAUUACUGAGAAAAAAAAUGAAAUGUCUGUCUAUUAGGUACAUCAAGGAAUAGAAUUAUCUUUUGUUUUGGUUUGUUUUUUUUUUUUUCUAAUGAUGUCACCUAUGUUUUAUGUUUAAGCAUAUCAAUAAAAGUGUUAUUUUAAUUUGUACCAUGCGAUGUUCUACAUUAUUGACUGAACACACAUUGUGAUUUAGAUAGCAUAGGUAUGAAAGUUUCUUUUAAACCGUGUUUUUAUUCCUGGCUUUGCCCCUGGGUUUCUCUGUGUUUUGGGGAAGAUUGCUUAAUGUAUCUGUGUCUCUGUUCCACCAUUUCUGAAAUGCACAUUGCACGGGUUGUCUAUUCAGCAUCCUUUUU